AAUAUUUUUAGUAGUUGGUAGUAUGUGAUAACACCACAAAUAUUAUCACUUGUAAUAUUUGAAUUUUUUUUAUUUUCUAUUAAAUUUAACUUCAAAUAUCGGAUGAAUGUUCAAAAUUAUUUGACUUAUGCUCUGAUUAAACUAUAUACCUGAAAGUUUUCAAAUUCUCCAGAUUUUUUGAAUAUAUUCUACACGAGAUUAUUGUGACAUAACCUACAAAAUGAUUCUUGAUUAUGGUUUUAGAAAAGUAGUUGAAAACUUUGUAAAAAGCAGAGGACAGUAUUUUAAUAGAUUUGUAGGAAGUCUUUCGAACCAAGAGUUAAUAAAUGAAUUUUCAACAGAAGAAGAUAUGCCCAAUUUAGAUAUAAAUCCUUAUAUAAAAGAAAAACAACAAUGUUUAUUAUGCAAAUUAAAUAUACAGCCAGAUUUUAAAAAUAUACGAUUAUUAUCACAGUUUCAAAGUAGAUACACAGGACGGAUUUAUGGAAGGCAUAUAACAGGUUUAUGCAAAAAUAAACAAGAACAAGUUGAAAAGGAGAUCUUAAAAGCGCAACAUGCUGGUUUAAUGGGACAUUUUACAAAAGAUCCAAAAUAUGUAAAUGACCCACCAUUAUUCGAUCCCAAUCGUCCAUUGAGACCACAUAAAUAUUAAUGUAAAAUUAUGGAUAUAUUCUUUAGAUUUUGUUAAGAACAAAAUAGUAAUUUUCAUGUUGUAUAUAAGGUACUAUCAAAUUAGAAAGAUAACCAAAAAUAUGAGAUAUUUCAUUAUUUAAUAAAUGUGUCAUUCUCGGUAGAAUAAUAUACUAAAGAUUUAGGUAUA